UCAGCAGUGCAGCUGAAAAGAACAGACCACUAGUUUAGUAUAGACAUCUGUGGUACCAACAUUAUCCCCUCCACUUUUCGGGAAACUGUCACCUAACCCUAAUUUUUAGUUCAUAUGGAUUGCCGACGAAGAUGGCCGCCUUGAUUCCGAAGUAUAGUAUACGAGCAGCAAAGAAACAGACAAUAUGUAUCGCUGCUGUUGCGGUGCAAACAAAUUCUACUCGCUGUUACGCGUCGGAACCACGAAUUAUAAAGAACCCUACCACUGCUUCCUUAAAGAGAGGUACCGGUGGCCGUAGUUCUUUCAAUGGGAUAGUGUGUACAUUAUUUGGUGCAACAGGAUUUGUUGGACGGUAUGUGUGCAAUCGCCUUGGGAAGAUUGGUACUCAGGUAAUAAUACCAUAUAGAGGUGACAUGUACAACUGUUUGCCUAUGAAACUUUGUGGGGAUCUUGGACAAAUUUUAUUUCAUCCUUUCCACAUCCGUGACGAAAACUCAAUAAGGAAGUGCAUUAAAUAUUCUAAUGUUGUUAUCAAUUUGAUUGGACGAGAUUGGGAAACCAGAAAUUUUACUUUCCAUGAUGUAAACGUUGAAGGAGCUAGAAGAAUUGCUAGAUUGUGUAAGGAAGCUAAUAUUGAACAUUUUAUCCAUCUAUCAGCUUUAAACGUAGGUGAUGAAAUUGAGUCACAUGUAUUGAAAGAUGGUUCCCAAUUUCUUCGUUCAAAAUGGGAGGGAGAGCAAGCAGUGCGAGAAGAGUUUCCUGAGGCUACGAUUAUACGGCCAUCAGACAUAUGGGGUCAAGAGGACCGAUUUUUAAAAAUCUAUUGUGGUAUAUUGAGACGUCACUUCAGAACAAUACCGAUGUGGGAAAAGGGUGAAAAGACGGAAAAGCAACCAGUAGGUGUAUAUGAUGUUGCUGGAGGUAUUACGGCUAUUGCAAAAGAUCCAAGCACCGCUGGUAAAAUUUAUCAGUUUGUUGGGCCGAAACGUUAUAAGUUAGCCGAUUUGUUAGAUUGGUUCUAUAAGAUACGUGUACGCGAUCCAAUCGGAUAUGGUUAUAAGAGGAUGGACUUGAAAUAUACACCGCUUUUCAAGCUCAAAGUUUCUUUAAAUGAACUUGUGAGUCUCGCAUAUCCAUUGGGAUAUAUGCAAUGGGAACAUUUAGAGAGGGAAUCUAUAUCCGACCAUGUAUUAAAGGAAUUACCUACUUUAGAAGAUCUUGGUAUUACAUUAACUACCAUGGAAUCACGAAUGCACUGGGAGUUGAGACCUUACCGCAAGGAUCUUCAAUAUAGUGAAAGUGUUGGAGAAUUCGAUCCUGUUCCUGAUCCACCGGUUGUACCAAUUCAUUAAACUCUCCCAAGCUAGAGAUUACUAGAUUAAAAUAAAUGUAAAAUAAAAUGUAUACUCUCAUUACUGUAAAGAGUAUAUUGUUAAUUAAAUAAUCGCGAUUAAAAUAUAUAUAUGUUAAAUUA